GAGCGCGGAGCCGGGGGCGCGGGGCGCGGUCCCGGCGCCCGCCAGCGCAGCACCAUGAGCUUCGUGGGCUACGAGGAGCUGAUCAAAGAGGGUGACACGGCCAUCCUGUCCCUGGGCCACGGCGCAAUGGUGGCCGUGCGCGUGCAGCGCGGGGCGCAGACCCAGACGCGGCACGGCGUCCUGCGGCACUCGGUGGACCUCAUCGGCCGCCCCUUUGGUUCCAAGGUGACCUGUGGCCGGGGCGGCUGGGUGUAUGUUCUGCACCCCACGCCGGAGCUCUGGACGCUGAACCUGCCGCACCGCACCCAGAUCCUCUACUCCACCGACAUUGCCCUGCUCACCAUGAUGCUGGAGCUCCGGCCCGGCUCUGUGGUCUGUGAGUCUGGCACGGGCAGCGGCUCUGUGUCCCACGCCAUCAUCCGCACCAUUGCACCGACCGGCCACCUGCACACGGUGGAGUUCCACCAGCAGCGGGCUGAGAGGGCCAGGGAGGAGUUCCAGGAGCACCGCCUGGGCCGCUGGGUGACCGUGCGGAACCAGGACGUGUGUCGCAGUGGCUUUGGUGUGACCCAUGUGGCGGACGCCGUCUUCCUGGACAUCCCGUCGCCGUGGGAGGCCGUGGGCCACGCCUGGGACGCCCUCAAGGUGGAAGGUGGGCGCCUCUGCUCCUUCUCGCCCUGCAUCGAGCAGGUGCAGCGCACGUGCCAGGCGCUGGCGGCGCGCGGCUUCUCGGAGCUCAGCACGCUGGAGGUGCUGCCCCAGCUCUACCACGUGCGCACCGUCAGCCUGCCCCUGCCCGACCUGGGCGCCGGCCCCUGCCCCGACGCCGGCCCCUUCCGCAGCGGCACCCCCAUGAAGGAGGCUGUGGGCCACACCGGCUACCUGACCUUUGCCACCAAGACCCCGGACUAGCCGCACCGCCGGAGCACUGGGCCUGGAGGCUCCGCCGCCGGACGCGCCUUGGACGCCGCCAACGCCUGCCCGUGGGCCGGCUGCGGAUAGGAGGGCUGGGCUGGGGCCUCCCGGGCACAAGGAGAGGCCGUGGAGCGUGUCCUCUGCAGGCCGGCCCUCUGGGCAGCGAGGCCUGCCCACCCGUGACCGCCGUGCCCGGCGCUGCUGCUGCAGCCUGAGGCGUCGCCACCGCGCAGGCUCUUCACCCUGGCCAGGGGUGCGUCCAGGUUGCCCCCUCCCGGGAGCCCGGAGCAAAGACACAGCCGGGGCACUGCCGAUGCCACAUGGGGGUGUCCCCGCGCGCCCGCCUCCUGGAGGGACCGCAGCCUCAGCCCCCUGCCCCCCUUCUGCCCCUGGGCAGCACACACAUCCUUACUGAGGGGAGCUCUCGGGGCCCUGCCAGGCCCGUCCCAGCCUGGGGAUCCCCCUCCAGGGAGCCCUGGGCCUGUGGGUGGCUUGCGCCCUAGAGGUCCCCAGGGACACUGCCUUUGCUGUCGCCUCUUGAGGGGUGUCCCCGGGGUGCCAGGCUGAGCUCCCGCCAUCUGGACAGAAAUAAAUGCUGUUGCCCCCACGCACUAACUGGUCCCCGUGCCCUGGAGGCCCACUGCUGCGCAGUGUCCGAGCUGACAGCUCCACACACAGCCUCCUGGCCCCGCUCCUGCCUCUUCCUGUCCCAGCGCAGGCGCCGCGGGGUCCGGACACCAGGACAACGGCCGGGACACAGUGGACAAAGGAGCGAGUGUGUGGCCACCCCCACUGGCCACAGAA